GAGAUAAUGGUGAAAGUAUGUAGAUUAUAUCUUAUAUUUCCUACACAAAUAUAGACAAUUGUAUGCUGAUGUCAUUAUGCAGGUUAGCGCUUAUCUGCUUGGAGAAUACAGCCAUCUUUUGGCCAGACGACCUGGGUGUAGCCCAAAGGACAUUUUUGUCAUUAUACAUGAGAAGCUUCCUACUGUAUCGACUCCAACAAUAUCCAUUCUUCUCUCAACACACGCAAAGAUUUUGAUGCACUCUCAACCACCAGAUCCCGAAUUACAAAACCAGAUCUGGGCAAUAUUCAGCAAAUAUGAAACAUGCAUUGAUACUGAGAUACAACAAAGAGCUGUACAGCUAUUCAUUUUCAAUAGCACACUUGCAAAAAUUUUAAACUUUUAA